AUGAGGAAGACGUAUGAGAGUAGUAAAAAACUGAGUAAUUGCGUGACAGGAGGAAUAAUUCUGGCUCUAGGAUAUAUUUCAUCAGUUGUUCAUAUGUGGAGAACCGAUGGACUGGUUCAUUUUUUAUGGAUAAUUGUGAAGAAACCCAUUAACAUAAUUGAUGUAAAUUGCAGCCUUCUGUUAUUUAUAAGCAUGUUUACGUAUUUUCACUAUAUGCUAAUUCGGCUAUGGACAAAGAAUCAGAUAAAUCACAUUGGAAUAUUUCUUUGCCAGUUUAUAAUUACAUGCGGACUAAUGGGAGUGUAUAUGGGGAAUGCUGGGGGUAUAAAUAUUUCCUGUGCACAGAAACUUGUUGGAAGUAUUUUUAUCCAGUCAGUUCUUAUUUCAGGCCUUGUAUACAGAGACAUUGUAAAGAUUGAUUUAUCUCAGAGUAAAUACGGGCUUAUUCGUCACAUCGUUGGAAAGAUAAAGACGGACAGAAUGACUAGUAUUUUUGUGUGCACUAUGAUACAUGCCUGGGUAUUUUCAGAUAUGUCGUGGAAUUCUUUUACACAGGCAUUUAGUUGGGCACUUGACAGUAUUUCUGUGUACAUUCUUCUUUUGUCUGUUAUAUAUGCGUACGUAUACAACUUAAACCAUUUCACACGGAAUGUAGAAGUGCUUUCAGAGAGAAAUAAGGUAUUUAGUCUGGAGAAUUAUAUUGUGCUUAGAAACUAUGAGGAGAACAGUUCGUGUAAGGAUACCAAUGCAAAAAACAAUGAGAUUUUGUAUGCAUAUGUUAUAAACCUACUUUUUGAAAUAGAACAGAUGAUAUCGGCUAUUUCAAAGCAGCAGAAAGUAAAACAAGUGACCCUUGCACCAAGAGUCAUUCGAAAACUGCCGCCUGCACUUUUGUCAAAAGAAAAAACCACUUUUUCUAUACUAAAGAAUGACAUAACCGCAACUAUGUCACACAAAAUAUAUUUUUAUCUGUACAGCCGCUUGGUAUAUAAUAGGGCCAUGAAUUACGCAGAGAACUCACACAGUAUUGUUAAGAAAUUAACACGAGUUAUUUGGCAGAUGGAAUUCUCCCACAGAAAAGAACUCGUGAAUAGUAUAAACAGUGUGCGGGAUGAGAUUAAGAACAUUGUAUCAUUUGACACCACAGACCUAUUAAAUGCUAUGAACAUUUGGCUGUUCCACCUCUCUACAUAAUAGAAGUUUUCUGUUAAAUCAGUUAUAACCCGAAUAUCCAUAAAAACAAAUGUACUCUAUCUUCAAUUGUCUUAUUAUAAUGGGAAGC